CCAACUCCCCAAAAGAAACUAUACCUGAACUACAUUAAGAAUUAGAAAGAAGGACACCAUGACGCGAUCCAAGAAUAAGGAUAAACCAUCGGCGCCUACAGCCUCUACCACGCCGCGGCAGAUUCAGUGGUAUAAUAAAGAGACGAGGGGGUAUGAGUGGAGGGAUGAGAGGGACCCGGAGGUGCAGGCUGGUUUGAGGGAAGGGGAUGAGAAGACAAGGGCGAUUGCGGGGGAGGGGUGGAGGGAGCGGGACAGGGAGAUGGAGAGUAAGAAGGAAAGGGAGAGGGAGCGGGGAGACCGGCGGGAAAGGGGAGGGGAAAGGGAAAGAGGAGGGAAAAUUGAAAAAAGGAAGGAAAGGGAAGGAGGAGGGGAAAAGAAAAAGAGAGGAGAAAGGGAAAGGAGACUCGACAGGGAGGGAGCAGGGGAAGGCGAAAGAGGAUAUAGCUCUCGCAAAAAUGACGAGGACGGUGACAAGGACCGGGCCAAAGAGAAGGACGACUACGCACAUGGUACAACAAGAGCGCAACCUGUGUGUAAAACGUGUCUGCCCAAUCCGCGGAGCCCGGGCUGCAGAUAUACGCGCCGCGGAAACGUUCACAAGACACGCCCAAGAUAUCAAAUCCCAAGUGCCGGCAGUGUUGGAACCGGAUAUCCAAAUCCCAAUCGAACCUGGGUUCCUGGUGCAGCUUUUCCGCGCCAUGACGCCGAUGAGCUGGACGACUAUGAAGAAGCCCCGCGGCCACCGCCCCCCGCUGGUAUCCCCAUGUGCUACUGCAAUGGCGGGUCCUUGCCGACGCCAUGUUCGGAGGCUGCUUGCAGGGGACAAUGUUACAGGGACUACUACAUUGCAACGCAAACCAUAUAUCCGCCAGUUCCGAUAAGUUUCGAGGAAUGGACUCGCCGUCGGAGGGCCAGAGCUAUGGAACGGACUUUCCAAGCUUUACGGGGAGAGAGGGCGAUGCGGGAGAAGACGGAGCCGGUCAGGGCCAUUGAAGGCGCACCAGCACCACUGCGACUCGAAGAAGCCCCAGGAUCCGACGACGGCAGCGAUAAGGGCGAUACUACAAGCAGAUGGGGUUCCCCAAGCCCUCCUCCCACAUCUAGCAAAAUAGCUCCCCGAACAUCAGCAGCUGCUGCACCUCCGCGCGCAGUGUUUUCAGGGAGCGUCGUCGCGCAUUUUAUACCCGCGACUGACCUUGCUGGAAACGCCGUUACGAACAGCGACGGGGACAAACUCGGUACGUUUGAUGGCAGGUUCGUUGAAAAGUGUACGUGGAUGAUUGUCAGAAUCCCCGCGUAUUCCGCAUACGAUUACGAAUCCAAGGAGUUCCGACAUCAAGCCAAAGUGUUCGAGGCAAGGGGACUGAUAUUGAAGAGUGUCGAUGGCAUUUUGAACCCCUUCCACGGAGACCUGAUAGCGGGGCUAAUCAACGCGAAAGAAAAAGAGCGGCCAGUGGCAACUCGGCAUGCUCUGUUUGAAACGUUCCUGAAUCCCUCAAGAAAAGUGAGGUAAGUGAGGUGCAGCAGAUUUUGCGGGAGAAUGGCGAGGAGGGUUUUAAUGGGACGAAAGCGUGUACGGAG